CUUUUUGGCAGUAAAGAACACAAGAAAUGCAGCACAAACAGUCAUUGGAGAGUUAAAACAACCCAUUUGGUUUAAUGAGGUGAGUGUUUUCUCUCCCUUUCCCCUUCUCUCCUUGUAUAUCUUUCUCUGUGUGUCUCUUAGCCAAUUACACAGUGUCCUGGCUUGUAUCCUGUCCCCCUUUUUCUGCUCUCAUUUUCCCUCCUUCUUUGUUAAGGCCUUGUUGAGCCCUGAUAAAAACCUGGACCUUGGGAGAGGAGAGGGACAUUUGGGAGCGAGAUGGCGAGAGGGAUGGUGGCUAUGUACCUACAUGGCGUCUUUCUCCUGGCUCUGUGGAAGCCCUCACUGCAAGGAGGUGUAUAUAUACCUGCUGGUGGAGCAGCAGGAGGCACUGGAGCCGGCAUAGGAGCUGGUGCAGGAUCUGGAACUGGAUUCGGACCAGGUGGGACUGGAACUGGAUUUGGACCUGGAGGAGCUGGGACUGGAUUUGGACCUGGAGGAGCUGGGACUGGAUUUGGACCUGGAGGAGCUGGGACUGGAUUUGGACCUGGAGGAGCUGGGACUGGAUUUGGCCCUGGAGGAGCUGGGACUGGUUUUCAGCCUGGUGGAGGUGCUGGUCUAGGAGGCUUUGGACCAGGAACAGGUGGAUGCCACUUGUGUUUUCUGUUAAAGUUUUAG